AGUUCCCUUUCCAUUGCCCCUUCGGAAGAGAUGGCCUCUGCUCCUCCGAUCUCUGGCUCUGUCGGAGAGCAGCCUGUGAGCCAGCUGGGCUCCGUCCAAACGGAAAUGCAAAGGCUGUUGAAGGCUGGUAUAUGUCUUUUCAGCAGCAACGAGGAAGGCCAGGCUCUGGCUGCGUUCAAAAAGGCAUACAGGCUCUCGGGGAGCCUCCCAGAGCCUCGCUCCCAAGCCAAGUGCCUCUUCAACCUCGGGGCGGCUUACAUUGCCACCGGCAAGCCCCAGAAAGGCCUCAAGUGCCUGUUGAAGGCCAAGGAGCUGGGAGCUGAGGAGAAGGACGGCGACUUCUCCUUCAACGUGGGCGCUGCUUACGACGACAUGAGAGAGUACGCAAAAGCCGCAGAGUUCUAUGGCAAGGCCAUCCAGGAAUACAGCACAAACCAAACGCAAAGCGCAGCCGAUGCCCUGAUCAAGCUGGCCUAUUGCCUGGUGAGCACAGGCGACAUAGAGUCAGCCGCACAGUCUUUUCGCCUGGCCGGCCAAUCCUACCAAAGAGUGCAACUCCCAGAAGAGGCAGCCAUGGCCAUGAGGGAGGCAGCAAAUUACUUCCUGCGAAGCCCAGUGUACUCCCCAGACGACAUCUUGGAAAGCUUGCAGGCCUGCAGCCGGUUGUGCACCAAGAUAAAGAACCAGGAACUGCUGGGCAAACUCUACAAUCACCUGGGGCUGCACUAUGCGGAAAUGAGGUGCUUCCGUCAGGCAGAGCAACACUUUGACGCAGCUCUACGGCUUUGCAGCGGGAAAGGUUUUUCGGUGCGGAAGAAAGCUGUCCUGUUGCAGAACCUGGGGGCUGCCUGCAAUGCCCUGGAGUGCUUCGAAAGGGCCCUGCGGUACCACAGCGAAGCAGCUGACAUGUAUGGGGCACUGGGAGAGAGGGCUGCUCAGGCCCAAUGCCACUACAAUUUGGCCACUGCUCACGGCCAGCUGAAAAACUACGACAUGGCCAGAUUUUACUCCCAGCAGGCGCUGAAAGCUUUUGUGGAUGCAGGUGACUCCUAUGGUGAGGCGCAGGCCUGUGAACAGCUGGGCAUGACUCACCUCUGCCAGGGCCACUUUGGUCCAGCCAUCCGUUACUACAAACAAGCCCUGGCUCUGUUUGAAAAGUCAAAGGAAGCAUCUGAAAUCCCUCGAAAACGGAUAUGGGAGAAAUUGGCUGCUGUUGCUAACUAUCAAGCUAACGCCGAGGAUGAGUUUGCGGAUUCGGCAAUAACAGAUGUAAGAAUGGCCGGCGAGUGCGGGGGGGGGGCAAACAUUUGCACAAAUGCUGCUGCCGUGCUGGGCCCACCUGGGCCCUUCAGGCUCCUCCUGCUUGCCCCAGCAUGCUUGGCCAUUGGUUCAAAUGGGCAGCUGGCCCAGGUUGCCCCGGCUGAGUUCACCCCCACCUUCCAUCCAUGA